AUGAGGCGUUUAGCUUUACUUGCUCUAGCGAGCUCCGUCUGUCCGGACGACUCUGUCUGCGGGAGUGGCAAACUGAUCGAUGGAAAAUGCCAUUGUCCCCUUGGUUUUUCUGGGCCAAAUUGCACUACGAGUGAACAAGUCCGAAAAGAAUGCUACAACGGAGGCCUUGAUCCCUCCCUCGACACAUGCAUCUGUCAUUCUGGCUGGAAAGGUGAAAUAUGCGAUCUGCGAGCGUGCGAUUUUCCUUGUCUUCAUGGCGACUGUUCGGAGAGUGGAAAGUGCAUCUGUAAAAAUGGAUAUUCCGGAAAAUUCUGCCACCUUUCCCAUGAUCAAGGAAGAACUUGUCAUGUGACGAGGAAUUUUUUGAAGAGCUUUUCUGGGAAUAAGCUGGAUUACCCGAGUAAAUCUGCUGAAAUCACGAUUCUUGAUGAUGUCGACUUCAAAAUAACUUUCCAUAACGGAGAAAAUAUCCUGCGAAUUUACGAAAAUCAAAUAUUUGAAAUCAAGGAAGACCUCAAAAUCGACACAGAAAUCGCGGAAAUGAAGCAUUUUCAUCAUUACAUCAUGCCCGGCUAUUUGGUCAUCUAUAACGAAAAUAUCAGGAUCAUAUUUGACGGAAAUUCGGUCAAGCUCGAAGAAAUUUCUCGGCAAAAACGAGUCGGUCUUUGUAACCCGCCGAGUUUUUCCCAAAACAAUGAUGCAAUUUUUCAGCAUUGGUCAAAAAGCAUCAGCAGCAGAAGCAAUCUCGCAGAAGAAAAUCAGCUUUGCGAAUCGUUUCUUCGAGCGAAGAGUCUUAAAGAUUGUCGGCUGAAACUCAAAGUCGAAGACUACGAAGAACUCUGCCAAUAUUCCUCGGAUGACGAUUGGAGCUGCCUUGUUCGAGAGGAUUUUCUUGAAGAUUGCCAAGCGAGCGGAAAUGCAGUCGAAAUCGCGAAUGAACCAGGGGAGUGUGUAAGAGAAUGCGAAGAUUCCUUCGAAUUGGAUCUCUCCCAAGAUUGCUUUCAAACAUGCUCUGGGGAAAAGAAAGGCGACUGCUCUAGAAUUUCCGAGCAUUGUUCGUGCCCACCCGGGUCUGUUCUUGAUAAAAGCCUGAACAAAUGCGUCAAGCAAUCUGAAUGUAACUGUGACUACUUCGGGAGAAUUUUUCAACCAGGAGAUUUUCGCCAGAACGACUGCUCAAAAUGCAUUUGCGAAGAUGGAGCCUGGAAUUGCAGCGAGCUUCCUUGCGAUUUGACGUGCUCAUUCGCCAAAGCUGGCGGUUUGAAACAAUUCCAUGAAAGAUCAUUUCAUCUGACAUACACGGGAGCUUUCUUGCUGGCGAAAAAUCAUGACUUUCAGAUUUCAGCAGAAUUCGAAGAGUGCGAUAGCUUCCUUUGCCCCCAAAAUCUUCGAAUAAAAAGCAAAAACGACACAAUCGAAGUUCAACCCGGCCUUGUCAGUGUCAACCAUGCUCCUCUACUGACAACGGGAAUUCAUAAAAAUCUCAAGUUCUGGGCUGAUGGGAUGAAAGCAAUUCUAGAGCUCGAGAAUAAAUUCAAGAUUGAAAUAACGCGGAAAAAACUUGAAUUAAGAUUCCCAAACAAGCUUGAAGUCCAAGGCCUUUGCAAUGAUUCGAAAGAGGCUGUCGGCUUUGAUUUUACUCAUCAAAAUCUUCAACAUCUCUGGCGAAUUGGGAAAAUUGUCAAGUUCGAGCCCAGAGAAUACGUUGGUUUGCCAAGCCGAACGGACAAAUGCCUGGAAUUUAUUGAAUCUUUCGAGCUAAAUGGAUGCGUAGAAGCUGAUGACUUGCUUAUGAAAUGCUCUUUGACAGACGAUCAUUGUGAAAUCAUAGAAGAGAUUGUGGUUCGAUGCAGAGAAAAUUUCGAUAUUUCUUCUUCCUGGCGAGAGAGAACAAAUUGUUUGGUUUCGUGCCCAUUCGGCAUGUCAUUUCGAUCUGUUGAAAACGCGGAUUUGUUCAGCUGCCCUUCCUUGCAAGUCGGAUUGAAGAACAUUGAAGCGUGUUUUUGUCUUGAAGAUUCAUUUAUGGACUUGAACAAAACAUGUGUUCCCUCGAUUUCUGACUGUUCAUGCUAUCAUCAAGGAAAUAUCAUGGCGCCGGGGCAGCAUCACAUGAUCAACGACCACAAAUGCGAGUGUCUCGAGGGUGAGAUCUUCUGCGUUCCGAAUGAGCCAAAAAGCGAUGAAUGUCAAAAAAUGAUGCUUCCUGCUUCUCGAGAUGAUUUGGUCACAUGCGAAGAUCUCUUCUAUAAUCGAAAGCUUUCUGAUCUUGAUUGCAAGUGCCAAGAAGGCCAUCAUUACUCUCUCGAUGCUGAACAGUGCAUCCCAUCGUCAGAAUGUGGUUGUUUCUCCCGCGGGAGAUCGUUCCCGACAAAUUCUUCGACGCAAAUUACUUCAGACUUCGGAAAUACGAUUCAGACUUGUUAUUGCGAGAAUCAAAAAUGGUCAUGUUCGGAGGAAGAAAAACUUUUUGUCGAGUGCCGCAUUAUCAAAAACAACUUCAUAACUGGCUUUGAUGGAAGAAAGCAGUCGAUACGAGGCAUGAAAAAUCUAGAACUCAUCUCAUUUGAUACAACUCCGAUGAGACUAUCGGAAAAUGAAGAAUUUGAGCUUGACGGAAUUCCAAUCAAAAACCAGGUCACAGAUCGUAUUGGUCGAUACAAGAAGGUAUCUUUUGCGAAAGAUUUUGAGAUUCUUUUCGAUGAAGGGAACACAGUUAUUAUCAAAAAGGCCAAAGAUCAUGUUACUCACGGCAUGUGCUCGUCGGAUGUUGGCUAUUCAAGUCUCAGUUCAGAAAAUCUCAUCCGCAGAAAACGAAAUCUAGAGCCAACUUGUUAUGAUAAGGGCCGAUCCUUGUGCCAGAGAAUCCUUGGCGGCGAUCGAUUUGAAUCUUGCCAUGCCUACGUUGAUUAUGAAGACUAUCUCGACGAGUGUGUAGCUGCUGUUUGCAAUUGCAAAGCGUCUUAUAUCCUUACUUGCCCUGAUUUCUGUGAUGUCUUGUCAGCGUACGGACAGAAAUGCUCAAAUGCGAUGAUGAUUGAAGAGGAGAUCUGUCACAUUUGGCGAGAUGAGAGGCUUUGUCCGAUGAUGUGUGAGGCUUAUGACGAGCAUCACUACGAUUGUGUCUUUCACUAUGAGUGCUGCGGUAACUCCCUUCCGUCUUGUGAAAAUCCUUUUCCGUCUCCUUAUGAAACCCUUUGUGUGGAAGGGUGCUAUCCGCAUUGCGAAGAAGAGGACUUUCUCUGGAGCGAAGAGGAAAAACGCUGCGUUCAUCGUGAUUAUUGUGGUGAUUUUGUCCAUACGACGGAAAUGACAUCGAUAAUGACCACUUCGACUGGAGGAAGUGCGGAUUGUUCAUAUUUCGAACUACCGGAUUUGGAAGAUUUCAGCGAGCUAGACAAGCUAAUGGCUCAAUGUAGAGCUGCAACUGAGAAUAUGUUCGUUACUGAAGACUACGACAACUAUUACUACGACUACGACUACGACUACGACUACGACUACGACAACUUCUACUACGACUACGACUACGACUACGACUACGACUGCGACUACGACUACGACUACGACUACGACUACGACUACGACAACUAUUACUACUACUACGACUACGACAACGACAACUUCUACUACGACUACGACUACGACUACGACUGCGACUACGACUACGACUACGACUACGACUACGACUACGACUACGACAACGACAACUUCUACUACGACUACGACUACGACUACGACUACGACUACGACUACGACAACUAA